CUAAAGUGCACAAGAGAGAGAGAGAGAGAGAGAGAGAGAGAGAGAGAGAGAGAGAGAGAGAGAGAGAGAGAAAGAGAGAGAGAGAAAAGUGCAGUAUACAAGGACAAUCUCUUGAAAGCAAAAAGCAAACCAAUUUGCACACAUCUUGAUAACUGUAACCUGAAGUCUUAUGAAGAUCUGGAGUUGGAGUUUAAGUCUGAAGAGUUAAGAAAGGAACUUAAGGCGCAGUGUGCGUAAAGUUCAGCCAUGUCGUGGUUCGGCUGGAGCGAGCCUCAGUACCGGAGCGCGCGGCGUGAUCCGGUUGAGAUAGUGACAGACACGCUGAUGCUCGAACUCAGUUGGCAGAUGAAGGAGACGGAGCGGCUGCAGCGCGAGCGCGAUAACGAGUACCGGCGGCUGCGCACCGGUGUGGACUACAGCUGGCUGGUGAGCGCGCCGCGCGUGUCCUACGACAUCAGCCACGGAGAGAGACUUGCGCUCGAGGACCUGUGCAGCAAAAUACAUCCAUCCUACUGCGGAUCCGUGAUCCUCCGAUUUCGUCAGGUUCUAACAGAGAACGAGCCAGAGGUGCAAGAGGUUUCCGGGCUUUUCCGUGCUGUUGUUCUUGAGACACUGGAGCGCAUUCAGGAGGAGAAGGAGGCACAGCGCUUGGCUCGGCAGUGGAAUAACAAGCGCUCCAUCAGUCUGUCCAUGCUUACGUUUAAAUCCAGAACGAGAAUAAAUCCAUUUGGCAGCUCUGUGGCUCUAACCUCUAGCAGUUCUGGAUUAGAGGAAGUCCACACCAUAUCUCAGGAUGUUGAGAAAGGACUUGGACACACAGCUGAAAAAGCACAACGUGUGUUUAGCAUGCCUGAUUUCAGACACAAAGGCAUUAAUGGCCAUGUGUGAUGGAUGUUAGGACUCCCAAAACAUAACUUUAUUAAUGGAGCUGCACAAAGAAUAAUAAUAAAAAAAAGAUAUCUUAACCACCAAACGUUAUACAAUGUUCUACACAUCACUUUCCGUGUUCUUUAACACAACAAUAAAUAACAUUUAAAUUUUAUUUACUACAGAAAACUACAGUAAAUAUUUUUCCGAUACCCUCAUACUGAUGGCAUCAUAACACUCACGCUUACUGUACAAUGUAAAUGCCAUGUGUAUGGUUUAAUGAUAACGUUUAUUUUAAAUGAAAUCUGUAGAUUCUCUAACAGUUGUGAAUUUCAUUGAAGGAUGUUUUCUGGGGCUGGUUUAUAAGACAUUUAGGAACGUGUACUCAAUAAACUUAAAUAAAUAAAACUUUUUAAAUAGUAAUAUUUUAUAAAUGUUAAUGAUUCAGUAUUAGUGUAGUUGUUUGGGAUGUCUGUGUAUUGUCAGUGAGCUGUAAGCAAUUCAAAC